AUGAAUAGCCUGGCUACGCCGCCAGUCCCUCCGCAUUUCCACGAGCACACUCGUCUCUCUCCCAGCAGAUCAAUGUCUGUCACCGCCCCCUCUCGAAAACGAAAAGCGUCACCCUCCCCGGAUCGAGAUGAUGAAAUGUCCACCUCGCCUGCGAUAUCCAACGCUCGACUCCCGCACACCUUGACACCUUCUUCGAGAAAGAGAGCUCGUCCGAAUCUGGCUGGCAGGGCACUGUCGGUGGACAGACUGCUGGAAACACUGGAUAAGGAUGCAUUGAGAUCAGUCCUGAAAUCCGUGUACGAUAGAAACCCUGGUCUACGAGAUGAAAUCAUCCAAGUCAGCCCUCGACCAAGCAUUCAGAGCACACUACAGGUGCUACGGAAAUACUACAACCGAUUAAUGGCGUCUUUCCCUCUGGACCCGAACCCACGAUCCGACUAUUCCUAUGAUCGAGUUCGUGCUCCAUAUCACGAUCUCCUGGAGGCUCUCACCGACUUCACACCGCACUUCUUGCCACCAAAUGAACAACAGUCUUCGAUAUCCCUCGAGUAUCUCAACGGAGUGACGCAGAUUAUACAUGACCUGCCCGAUUGGGACAACCCGCAACACAAUCUGGCCAAGCAAAAUGCCUAUGAUGAAAUCUCAAAGGCCUGGGCCAGUGUCAUCAAAGAAGCUAGCAAGAGGGGUGCCGGUAUACAACUACAAUACAAUGGCUGGGAAGAAAAACUCAGAGCCCACAACGAGAAGAGCGGCGGACGAUUGAGGGAAGCCUAUGAAGCUCUCGUUGACGCUCAGGGAUGGCUGAGGCCAGCGAAUCAGUCGGGUCACCAGCAACAGCAGCAGAGUAUUCGACAACAACUAUUUUCCAACACCUACGGUACGGAGCAACCCAUGGUCCGAACAGGCAACUGGUAG